CCGAAGAUGAAGGUGACAUAUAUGAUCCCUUGAUCUUCGUACUCCGUACCAUUCGAUUGUUCCCCACGAACGUCAAGAGACCUGCGUCCCGAGCAGUCCUGCGCCUUUUGACUCCAGAGUCUUCUACAUCCGUCUCUCUGUCUGCUUUUUCAUGAUCUCAUCUUCUCACAUUCUCGCAUCUGUUUUGGCUGUUUUGCACAUAUCAACCUACCCGGCACGGCCUUAUUUUCUUUCUAUAUACUGCCGGUGCCUCUAUUCGGUCCUGUCUUUUUGGGGCAGAUCCUUUUUGCAAAGCGUUGUAAGAUCUUGCAUCUGGAAUGGCUUCCGGGACAAAUAGACCAUGUCGAUGAACCAGUCUCAUAUUCAAAAUGAAUCAGUACUUCCUUCUUUAACCUACCCAAUCAAUGAAUCUACAUCUUCGUCAUCCUCAUCAUCAUCGUCACCGCCGAGACCAGCGGCUCAACCGCCACCAUUCGAGUCCAGACAAUCCUACCUCGAUGUGCCGACGAACAAUCGCCCUUCGAGGCCAUCGCUAGACAGCACCUACUCUGAACUAUCCGAACUCUCAUUUCGUUCGAAUGAGCUGCAAAGCCGCCGGCCUCUCGUCCGAAGUAUUUCCCAAAAUGCUCCUCCGCCCAAAAACCUCUCGGCACGCAUUGUUGCAGCGUUGCGCCUGUUCUACCUCAUCAACUAUGGUGCCCUGCUCGUUCUCCUCGCCCAAUUCUUUGGCGUUGGGAUGAACGUAAGUACAAGACUACUCGAGACAGAAGGCGCCCAUGGCAAGCCAAUGCAUCCUUUUCAGAUCCUCUUCGCUCGCCAGUCCAUCACCGCUUCUCUCUGCACGGCCUAUGGUAUUUACACCAAGGCAGUGCCCGACUUCCCGCUUGGACCCCGCGACACCCGCUGGCUAUUGAUAGCACGCGGUAUCUUUGGCUUCAUGGGCGUCUUCGGCAUGUACUUCAGCUUGUUGUAUCUGCCGUUGAGCGAAGCUACCGUCCUGACGUUCCUCUCCCCAAUCCUGAGCUGUUAUAUCUGCAGCUUUAUCAUCCCAGGCGAGACCUUUACCAGACAACAGCAACUAGCCGGCUUUGUCAGCCUGCUGGGCGUCAUCUUAAUUGCCCAGCCGGCCUCGUUGUUCUCAUCAGGCUCGUCAAACCCGACGAACAAUCCUUCGCUCCCUCCAGAUGCGCAACCUGCUGAUCCUUCACAAAAGCCUACAGCAGAUAAGCAUCUCCUUGCCAUUGGCAUCGCCAUGAUCGGUGUGAUUGGGUCCACUGGUGCCUACACUUCCAUCCGUGCUAUUGGCACCCGAGCACACGCCUUCAUCAGCAUCAAUUACUUCAGCGUCUGGUGCACCAUUGUCUCAUUGUUCUGUCUUAUCGUCAUCCCCGAUGUCACGUUUCGUCUGCCCGGCAACGCGACCGAAUGGACGCUGCUCGUCAGUCUCGGCGUCUGUGGAUUCAUAAUGCAAUUUCUCCUCACUGCCGGUCUGGCAUAUGGUGGACCAUCAGCACAGUCACACAGCGAACACAAAAGAGCAGCUAAGAUCAGAGAUAUUGAACAUGAAGAGUCUGUUAGUGAGCCGGCCUUCAGCGAUGGAGACAGACAAAGUGCCCAGCCUAAUGCAGCAGCCAGAGGUUCCGGGACAAGAGCGACGAGUAUGGUUUACACGCAGAUGCUAUUCGCAUUAGCCGGCGACAGAUGGGUCUUUGGCAUUACUCCCACGACAGUGAGCUGGAUCGGGAGUGUAUUGAUUCUGGCUGGCGCAGUAUGGGUCGCCGCCGCAAGAGACACCGCGUCAAAGAGCAGUGGUACCGCCCAGAGCAGUGAAGCUCUGGUCAGCAGCGUGAUCAACACAGAGUCCGGCCCGAACAAGAACGAGGGAACCAUAGAGGAGGUCGUCGGGCUCAUGCAGAGUCAGGAGGCAGAUGAAGUUCAUGACCCACGGGGACUGCAACCCGUCGAAAGUCUUGAGAUGCACGACCUCCGGCGUACCAUUGGCAACAGCUAACUUCUGGGCUGCUCCGCACUUUUGAAACACCACGUUUUUACGAAUUUCGGUAUGCAUUAAUUUGGACUGUGGCGCUGCUGGUACGGCUUACAUUCAGGGCUAGAGAUGACGGACAUAUAAAGCUAUACAGGGCAUGCAUGCGUGGGUAAGACUAUAUAGAGCAAAAUUGGGUCAGGUUAGAUAGGCGCUCCUACACUUGGAGGGUAGAUAAUCUCUCGGUACAAGCGCCUUAUAAGCAAAUGAAUCACCUGGAAGGAUGUCAAUCGAACCGUUUUCUUCCAGUGCAUUUUUCGACUAUCUAGAUCUCGUGCUGAUGACUGAAGCACUCACCGCUCACCAGCGAUGCGGCUGACGCU